AUGAGCAGCGCCGUGGUCCUCGCCCACCUCCCAGACCCCAGCAGCAGCUUCAGGGAAGACGCCCCCCGACCCCCUGUCCCGGGGGAGGAAGGAGAAGCACCAUGCCCGCAACUCGCCAGCUCGUUUCUCCCCAAAAGCCAAAGCUUCAAGGCCAUGCCGGUGCCUCCUGCCCCGCGGAGGAAUGAGAACGGACUCGGGGAGCCGGAAGGCAGCGCGUCUCCAGACUCCCCUCUGGCCAGAUGGACCAAAUCCUUGCAUUCCUUGUUGGGAGAUCAAGAUGGUGCCUAUCUUUUUCGGACCUUCCUGGAAAGGGAAAAAUGUGUGGAUACCUUAGACUUCUGGUUUGCCUGCAACGGCUUCAGGCAGAUGGACCUUAAGGAUACCAAAACUUUGAGAGUAGCCAAAGCUAUAUACAAAAGGUACAUCGAGAACAACAGCAUCGUCUCCAAGCAGCUCAAGCCUGCUACCAAGACCUACAUAAGGGAUAGCAUCAAGAAGCAGCAGAUAGAUUCCAUCAUGUUUGAUCAGGCACAGACUGAGAUUCAGACUGUGAUGGAGGAAAAUGCUUACCAGAUGUUUUUAACUUCUGAUAUAUACCUCGAAUACGUAAGGAGUGGAGGAGAGAACCCUGCUUACAUGAACAGCAAUGGACUGGGGAGCUUAAAAGUUGUCUGUGGCUAUCUCCCGACCUUGAAUGAAGAAGAGGAAUGGAGCUGUGCAGACUUCAGAAACAAAAUCUUGCCUUCAGUAGUUGGACUAUCCAGCAAGACGUUGAGGGUUACGGCGAAUGUCAGAGCUACGGAAACGAUCGAGAACGGAUACAGGUCCUUCAAGAGGAAUGAUCCCGUUAACCCAUACCAUGUGAAUUCUGGCUAUGUUUUUGCCCCAGCAACCAGCGCAAACGAUAGUGAAAUAUCUAGUGAUGCCCUGACAGACGACUCCAUGUCGAUGACGGACAGCAGCGUAGAUGGGAUCCCCCCGUACAGAAUUGGGAGCAAGAAGCAGCUCCAACGGGAAAUGCAUCGGAGUGUCAAGGCCAACGGUCAAGUUUCUCUACCUCAUUUUCCGAGGACCCACCGUCUUCCCAAGGAGAUGACCCCGGUGGAGCCGGCUGCCUUCGCUGCUGAGCUCAUUUCCCGGCUGGAGAAGCUGAAGCAGGAGCAGGAAACCAUGGACAGUCUGGAGGAGAGGCUGCAGCAAAUCAAGGAGGACGAGGAGAAGGAGGGCUCGGAGCUCCCCGCCAGCCUGCAGAGCAGUCGGGAGAUGGUGAACCCUCAGCAUCCGCAGCAUCCGCUCUCGCUCCUGCCCUCCGGCAGCUACGAGGAGGACCCCCAGGCCAUCCUGGAUGAGCAUCUCUCCCGUGUGCUGAAGACCCCCGGCUGCCAGUCGCCUGGUAUGGGCCGGCACAGCCCCCGUGCCCGCUCCCCUGACCGCCUGCCGACGGGCAAGCUGCAGCCCGGUGCGGCCUCGCCGGUGGCGUGCGCCUUGGUGGGUAAGGGGUUCAUCACCAAGCAGACCACCAAGCACGUCCACCACCACUACAUCCACCACCACGCCGUGCCCAAGACGAAGGAGCAGAUCGAAGCGGAGGCGGCUCAGCGGGUGCAGUGCUGCUGCCCAGCGGGCAGCGACUACUACUGCUACCCCAAGUGCAAGGGCCACCCAAAAAGCACAGACCCCCCUCUCCCUCCACUGGAGCCCUUCGGCAGGACGGGGACGCUGCCGAAGAGGCCGGGCAGAGGAGCGGAGAGCGUCGCCCUGCCGGCUGGGGACGGGGGGCUGCCCAGCUCCGGCGGGGUGCAGCUACCGGGGGGCGAAGCAGACCGGGCGCAGAACGUCUGGCAGUGGAUGCUGGAGAGCGAGAGACAAAAUAAGCACAAGCCCCAUAGCACACAAAGCACAAAGAAGGCCUACAGCUCCGACUUUGCCAAGGGGGCCCCCGGCCGUCACCACCCGUGGGGGACCGGCAGCCACCCGCGCGGGGCGCAGCCCGCCCACCCCUUCGUCCAGGACCCCGCCAUGCCCCCGCUCACCCCACCCAACACCCUGGCGCAGCUGGAGGAAGCGUGCCGCCGGCUCGCCGAGGUCUCCAAGCCGCAGAAGCAACGAUGUUCAACCUCAAAUCAGCAGAGGGAUCGAAACCACUCCGCUGCCGUUCAGGGGGGAAACACCCCUUUCUGCAAUGCAAGUCUAACGACAGAAGAUCACAAAGAGCCAAAGAAACUGCCAGUUGUUCACACCUCUCAAUCGAGUGAGUUGGUUGUCACCUAUUUUUUUUGCGGAGAAGAAAUUCCCUACAGGAGGAUGUUAAAGGCCCAGAGCCUGACACUUGGGCACUUUAAAGAACAGCUGAGCAAAAAGGGGAAUUACAGAUACUACUUCAAAAAAGCAAGCGAUGAGUUUGACUGCGGUGCGGUGUUUGAAGAGAUUUGGGAAGAUGAAACCAUCCUGCCGAUGUACGAAGGAAGGAUUCUUGGGAAAGUAGAAAGGAUCGAUUGAUGGCAUCUGUGUUUUUUAAGAAAAGUUAAGCUAGAAAAGUCUUUGGACACACAACAGUAGUGAUGACAAGGAGAAAAAAAAAA